CCGAGCGGGAUGGAGCCGGCGGCGGAGUCCGGGCCGGCCCGGGCGGGCUAUGAGCGUCUCACCGCCGAUGAGAUGGAUGAGCAGAGGAGACAGAAUGUCGCUUAUCAAUAUCUCUGUCGCUUAGAGGAAGCGAAACGAUGGAUGGAGGCUUGUUUGAACGAGGAGCUGGCCUCUCCUACGGAGCUAGAGGAGAGCUUACGGAACGGGGUCAUCCUCGCCAAACUGGGCCACUGCUUUGCACCCGACGUCGUCCCGCUGAAAAAGAUUUAUGACCGCGAGCAGAUGCGCUACGAGGCAAGUGGACUUCAUUUUCGACACACGGAUAAUAUCAACCACUGGCGCGAGGCCAUGACCCGCCUGGGGCUUCCUACGAUCUUUCACCCGGAGACAACGGACAUCUACGACAAGAAGAACAUGCCCCGGGUGGUCUAUUGCAUUCAUGCUCUGAGUUUAUACUUGUUUAAGCUGGGGCUGGCUCCGCAGAUCCAGGAUUUAUACGGGAAAGUGAACUUUACAGAGGAGGAAAUUAACAACAUGAAGCGGGAGCUGGAGAAAUAUGGGCUCCAGAUGCCAGCCUUCAGCAAGAUCGGCGGGAUUCUCGCCAGCGAGCUCUCCGUGGAUGAAGCGGCAGUCCACGCCGCCGUCCUCGCCAUCAACGAAGCUGUGGAGAGGGGGGUGGUGGAGCAGACCAUGGCGGCCCUGCACAAUCCCAGCGCCAUGCUGCUCAACUUGCGAGAGAACCUCGCCGCCGUCUACCAGGAGAUGCUGUACCAGGUGAAGAUGGAGAAAGCUGGCAAUGCCAGGAACCGGUACCUGCAGGAGAGCCCAGAAAGCGAGGAUAUUUACGACCGGUGUCUGACUCAGGCUGAAAUACAAGGGAACAUCAACAAAGUCAACGUGCACGGAGCGCUGGAAUACGUGGACGAUGCUCUGGAGAGGCAGGACCCUCCAGCCUUGUGCCGGGCCCUGCAGGAUCCCGUCCUGGCCCUGCGCGGUGUGCAGCGGGAGAACGCAGCCUGGUACUUGGAUCAGCUGAGUACAGAUCGGGAGCAGAAAGCACUGGAGCUGGGCUACGUGGACCUGCUGGAGCAGGAGGAGGUGCAGGCGGGGAUCUACGCAGCCAAUGAGAAGGGAGAUCAGGAACAUGCCAUGAGGCAGGCCGUGAGCCGCAUCAACGCUUCGAUCCGCCGGGGGGAGGCGACGGGGACGGUGCGAGAAUUGAUGAGCCCCGAGGCCCAGCUGCCCGAGGCGUUUCCCUUCGCCGCCCAGCUGUACCAGCACGAGCUCGCCCUGCUACAGCAACACCAUCCGCAGGGUGAGUUGGGGCAGGAGGAACUGUACGUUGCAGUGGAGAUGCUCUCGGCCGUGGCGCUGAUCGACCGGGCGCUGGAAGCUGGGGACGUCUAUGGAUUCUGGAGUAGCCUGGUUAGCCCUGCCCUGGGCCUGUCUGACAUCGAGGAUGCAAAUGCGCAACGCUAUUUUGACGACUUGUUGAAACUGAAGCACCGGUCUGGGAAAGCCGGGGUUGCGUUCCUGAGCUGGAACGACAUCCAGGCCUGCGUGAACAGCGCCAACUCGGCGGUGCAAGACGAAAACGACAGGAUCCUCGCCAUCAGACUGAUCAACGAGGCGCUGGCGCAGGACGACCCGGAGAAGACGCUCACUGCUCUGCUGCUGCCCUCUGCCGGGUUCUCUGCCGUGACUCUCCCGGGAGCGAGGCGUUACCACGAUGUCCUGACCGCCGCGCUAAGGCAGAAAGCCCAGGUGACCGGAGAUGAUGGAGCAGCUCUCUGGUGGGAGGAGAUCCAGCAAGGGGUUUCCAAGGCCAAUCAGGACACCGAGGCAGCCAGGAGACUGGCUCUAGGCACUGCUGCCAUCAACCAGGCCAUAAAAGAAGGGAAGCCGGCUCAGACGGCACGCGUGCUGUGUAACCCGGACGUCUCCCUGCGCGGCGUCGUGGCAGAAUGUGCAGGGGCCUACCAGGCACAGCUCGCCGCCCUCCUGGCUGCCAAGAGACAAGCAGGGAACGCCAAACACCACUGGGUCAGACACCAGCUGAAAGAUGGCAGCGUGUAUUACUUCAGCCUGCAGAGUUUCGAAGGCAGCUGGGAGCGGCCGCGUGACUCUGUCCUUAACUCCACCCACCUCAGCCGGGAGGAAAUCCAGUCGACGAUCACGGAAGUGACCACGGCCCACGACCAGGAACGCCUCUGGGAAUCCAACGCUGGAUUCGUUGUGCGGCUGCAGGCCCGCAUGAGGGGCUACCUGGUCCGCCAGGAAUUCGUGGCCCGCAGACAUCUGUUGCGGGAGCAGUUACCAGCUGUUAUCAAAAUUCAAUCAUGCUGGAGAGGCUACAGACAGCGCAGCGCUUACCUGCAAAGAUUGCGGUACUUGCAAAAAACCAGAGAUGCUGUGAUAAAGAUCCAGGCAUACGUGAGGAUGUGGCGAGCUCGUAAAAGGUACCGGGAACGGCUGCGCUACUUCAGGAAGAACAUUAAUGCUGUAAUUAAAAUCCAGGCUUUUGUGAGAGCUAACAAGGCCCGUGGGGAUUACAGAAUGUUGGUCCACGCCAGGGACCCGCCACUGAGCAUCGUCCGGCGCUUCGCCCACCUGCUGGAGCAGAGCCAGCACGACUUCUGGGAGGAGUCGGAGCUGCUGAAGCUGCGGGAGGAGGUGGUGAAGAGGAUCCGCUCCAACCAGCAGCUGGAGAGCGACCUCAACCUUAUGGACAUCAAGAUCGGGCUUCUGGUUAAGAACAGGAUCACGCUGCAGGAGGUGGUUUCCCACUGCAAGAAGCUGACGAAGAAGAACAAAGAGCAGCUGUCGACCCUGAUGGCCAUCGACAAACAGAAGGGGCUCAAGUCGCUCAGCAAGGAGAAGCGCCAGAAGCUGGAGGCCUAUCAGCACCUCUUCUACCUGCUGCAGACCCACCCUGUGUAUCUGGCUAAGCUGAUUUUCCAGAUGCCCCAGAACAAGUCGACCAAGUUCAUGGAAUCGGUGGUCUUCACGCUCUACAACUACGCGUCCAACCCCAGAGAGGCCUACCUGCUCCUUCAGCUCUUCAAAACCGCCCUGCAGGAGGAGAUCAGGUCCAAAGUCGACCAGCUCCGUGACAUCCUAACGGGGAACCCCACCGUGAUCCGGCUGGUGGUGAGCUUUUACCGGAAUGCCCGCGGGCAGAACGCCUUGCGUCAGAUCCUGGGCAGCCCCGUGCAGGAGGUUCUGCAGGACAGAACCCUCAGCAUCCGCACCAACCCCGUGGACAUCUACAAGGCCUGGAUCAACCAGCUGGAGUCUCAGAGCGGACAGAAGAGCAAGCUCCCAUAUGAUGUUAGCCCCGAGCAGGCCCUGAGCCACCCCGAGGUUCAGCGUCGGCUGGACAUCUCCAUCCGCAACCUCCUGGCAGUGACGGACAAGUUCCUCUCUGCCAUCACCUCUUCCGUGGACAAAAUUCCCUACGGGAUGCGCUACGUGGCCAAAGUCCUAAAGACGUCCCUGGCUGAGAAAUUCCCAGACGCCGGCGAGGAGGAGAUCUGCAAGAUUGUCGGGAACCUGCUCUAUUACCGUUUCAUGAACCCGGCCGUGGUGGCUCCGGACGGCUUCGAUAUCGUUGAUAUCUCUGCCGGCGUGGCCCUGCACCCGGAGCACCGGCGCAACCUGGGCUCCAUUGCCAAGAUCCUGCAGCACGCAGCGGCCAAUAAGAUGUUCGAGGGGGAAAACGGCCAUCUGCGUGUGGUGAACCAGUACCUGGAAGAAACCCACUCUAAGUUCAGGAAGUUCAUCUGUGCUGCCUGUUCCGUCCCUGAGCCGGAAGAAAGGUUUAAUGUGGAUGAGUACUCGGAGAUGGUAGCUGUGGCCAAGCCGGUCGUCUACAUCACGGCGGCGGAGAUCAUUAACACCCACAAGCUGUUACUAGAGCAUCAGGACUCCAUUUCGCCCGAUCACAAGGACCCUCUGCAUGAGCUUCUGGAAGACCUUGAUGAGCUGCCUACCGUCCAGGCUCUAAUAGGCGAGAGCGCUCCGAACCCAGGCGAUGGCAGCCCCGAGCAAGCACUGGCACAGCUCGGCAAGCAGGAGGUCUCGCUCACCCUCACCAACAAGUUCGAUGCGGUGGAGGCCAGUAGCGAGGAGGCGGAUACAAGGAGUUUGCUGCUGAGCACCAAACAGAUGCUAGUGGACGUGAUCCAGUCUCAGCCGGGGGAUUCCCUCUUGGAGAUCUUACGGACAGCUGCAUCAGAGGAUCAGGAAGCCUUCCAUCACCACCAGAUGCACAGACGGGCCCUGCGCGAGGCCCAGACCCCAGACAGGUUGAAACGCAACCGCUCCCUGGCUGGCAACAGCCAGCUCUCCAUGGAAGAGAAGAAGCGGAAAGUCAUCCGGAACCUGCGGCGCUUGGAGAGCCUGGGGGUGGUGGACUCAGCCAAUCAGUACCAGGAGAUCAUCAACGAGAUGGCCAAGGAUAUUCGCAAUCAGAGGCGUUACCGGCAGCACCGCAAGGGGGAGCUAGUGAAACUGCGGCAGACCCUCUGCGGCCUCAACUCCAAGACCUUGUUUUAUGAGGAGCAAAUCGACUAUUACAAUCAGUACAUCCGGACGUGUCUGGACAACCUGGCUGCCAGCAGCAAGCUCAACGGGAAGAGCAAGAAGCAGCCGUCGCUGCAUUACACGGCGGCGCGGCUCUUUGAGAAGGGCGUAUUGCUGGAGAUAGAAGACCUGCCUGUCAGCCAGUUCCGGAACGUGAUUUUCGACAUCAUUCCGUGUGGGGAAGCCGGCAAGUUCCAGGUGAAGGCCAGAUUUAUGGGGAUCGACAUGGAGAAGUUCCAGCUCCACUAUCAGGACCUGCUGCAGCUGCAGUACGAAGGUGUGGCCGUCAUGAAGCUGUUCGACAAGGCCAAAGUCAACGUCAACCUGCUCAUUUUCCUCCUCAACAAGAAAUUCUUCAGGAAGUAGCUGGGGGGUAGGAGGAGGGGGGAGGAGGGAACCUGCCAAAGAGAUUUCAGGGACAGAAUCCGGCUUCUGAACGGUACCUUGCCAAGGAGAGGGGAAAACUACAGAACCGGAGCCAUUGCCGUUAACCCUCUCCUGCCCAGAACUGGCACGCUCGAGCUCUUCUACAUCAAGCUGCAUCUGGUUGCCUUGGGGGUUAAAUCUGGAUCCCAGCAUACGUGUGGGGGGGGGGGGGGGGGAUGACGCUUGUGCCUCCCCUAUUCAGGGGCUGGCGCAUGCUCUGGCAGAGGGUACAGCACCCCUUACAGCUGCCCUUUUUGUUGCAAUGGUCCCUAGGGGGCUUUGCAGUGGUCUAGAAUGCCUAGUGUGCUGGUCUGCCCCAUCUGCCUGCCCCCUUGCAGCUGGGGGGCUGACGGCUGAUCCGCAGUCCCUUUGCGGCAAUGGAGCCGGUGCCCCAGGGUCUGAUUCCUCGGUGCCUUAUCCGUGCUGCUGCUGCUUUGACUAGAUAGGAAACACUAUUACUCCGAGCUGCCGCCCACUUCCUAUGAACAAGGCGAUUGUUUAUUUUAUUUUGUGUGUUUUUUAACUAGCCUGAGACUUUUACGCAUUGAGUGGCUGAGCUCUGGCUUAUCCCUUCUCAGCCACGCGAGCGCGAGGUUGGAAAUUUUUUCACCCUCCCCCUCCCCCCCCCUCGACGCGGGUGAAACCAGCGAGAGACGUGUGAGAGUUCUUGGGCUGCACCGAGGCGUGCAAACGAUCCGCGUACCACGCGAGGGUCCUCUGCUGAACGGCAGCGAAUCGGGCUCAGGCUUAGUUGAACAGCUGGUAUUGGACUACUGUUAGCACAAGGCGUGGUUUGUGUGUGUGUGUGUGUGUGUGUGUGAGAGAGGGAGGGGGUUAGCAGUCUCUGUGGCUUUUUAAUGUAUAUUAAACCCGUUUUUUAAAACUAGUAUUUUUAGAUGUUUGAGUUCUGAGCUUAGUUCUCUCGGGUCACUUUGCCAGUGGCCGUUUAAGGACACGGAGGGGUUGUAGGCUGCAGACCUGAUCUUUGACAUUUUAGCUUUUUUAAAAGAUACAUUGAUUGUAAUUUUUCCCUACCCCAGCAAAAAAACCCGGCUACCUCUGUUUUCUCAGUCAAAAUCAGACUGCCCAUAGAAGAAGAAAAAUCCCAUAACCACACCAGUGUUGGCCACCCUACAAUAAUAAACACUGUGUGUGGGCUGCCGGGCUGCCCAGUACCUUUGGGCCACCCUACAAUAAUAAACCAGUGUGUGGGCUGCCUGGGACCCAUGGGCAGCCCUCCAAUAAUAAACCAGUGUGCAAUAGAGAGCAGCUGAAACCUAAUUAAGGCCACUAACUUCAUUUUAAAGCCUCCGAGGGGUUCCAGUGGGGAAAAAUGGAUCAAAAUAGUUCCGCUUACCAUGGGGCCCUGGCCAGACUGGUUCACUCAUUGCAAUGUGUCAUAAAGUGCAGGGGAAGGGGGCCCGGGCAUGUCAAAAUUAGGGAAGACCUCGAUGGUGUGAUUUUUGGUUUGGUUUUGUUUAAAUCUUCAUGUUCUCUAGGUGGUCUGUACCCCUAGCAAAUGGAGGGAAUAGCAGGGUGGGGGCAAUCGCUCUCCAUCUGGGAAGGAUAGGAAAGAGGGUAAACGCGAGUGGGUAACAUCUGACCGAGGCGACUCUGGAAUGAAUAAUCCCCAGGGGACAGGAAGGGAAGUACAAACCAGGACCUUGGUCUUGCGAGAUGCUCCUGCGUGUGUUUAAGCAGGAGUGCUGCUAGUGAUUUGAACGGGGGGGCGGGGAGGCCUGCUCACCCCAGUCAUGGCCCAGCACUCUGGGGUGCUAGGCGCCGUCAAAACCCAGAACGCAAAGACAGCCCCUGCCCCCGAGAGUUUUCAAUCAAAAGUGCCACCAGCGUGAGUCGGUGCUUGAAGCCGAGCGUGUGCGUUUGUGGGGGCAGGGGCGAGGAUUGCCGAUGCCUGUACCAAAAAGCCCCCCUCUUUCUUACGACCUGAAUUUUUCUUUUAAAUAACUUUUCGAACCCCAUUAAGAUGCCAAUGAAACCUGCCACCCUAGCACCAGUAACGCUGCACUGCCUAUGCCGAGGCAUGUACUGAGAACGCUUACAAGUGCCUGGUAUAGUCAGGCACCAAACCAAGGCUUGAAAUUACUUGUGUUUAUAAUAUGGCGUCACGGGUGGGCAGGACACUUCACAGGCCUCGUCUUCACGGCAGCGUGAACUCGAGUUCUGGCCCUAGCUCAAAUUCCGUCCGCACACGCGCACGCCCCCUUUAACUCAGGUUGGCUUGGCGGCUCCCACAGUUGCUCUGUGCAGCUUAAGUGUGAGCGGCCACACUGGAGCGAGGCUAGCUAGAGAGGCAUAACCUGAGUCUGCAGCGAAGACAUCACCCUAGAUAAGGCAGUGUGGUUCAGUGCCCUGGGAGCCAGGAGACUGGAAUUCUAGCCACAGCUCUGCCAUGGACCUGCUUGGAUGUGCCUCAGUUUCCCUCUGUGUAAAACAGGGAUAAUAUAAUACCUACUUCAUUAUAUAGAUAACCAUUUAACAUCCACCCGCAUAAAGCCAUUUGAGAUCUGUGUGUGAAAAGCCUUGUGUUAAAAGUGGCAGGUCUCUGACCAACAGAUCUUAGACUAGAUAAUAGAUACGUAACUCUGAGGAUGCUGGAGUUUUCCCUACUGCUUGCCAAGGCAUACUGCUGGCCAGAUCCUCAUCUGAUGCGAACUGCCAAUGGAGCUUGGCUGACUUACACCAGGUGAGGCUCUGGCCUAGCAGGUCUAAGGGUGCAGCCUUCAAAAGGCAAGAGAAAUUCCCUGAGUUCAGUGUUCAUAGUAACGAAGGACAAUUGCUUUAGCAGCUGCAGAAAAUUUAGCUAAAAAUCCAGCUUCAGUAGUGAACCCCUUUUUCUCCUUUGCUGAUCCAAUGACACCUAGUGGCCUAAGAGAAUAUUGCCUUUUAAAAUACAUUUCAGCUUCAACCUUUUUGAAUGAGUAUGAAUCAGGGACAGGGAGUUGGCAUUAGCUUUACAAAGCAGUUUUAUACCUUUUUUUUAAUUUUUUUUCCAAUGGCAUAAUGAUUUUGCAGAAGCUGGGUAGUGAGGUGUUAUUAAAUCGUAUAUAGUUUUUAAAGAACUAGGAGUUAUGGUAGAUCAAACUGAGUACGAACCAACACUGUAAUGGUGGAGUUGCAAAAAAGGCUAAUAUUCUGGGGUGUAGUAACAGGAGUGUCGUAUAUAAGACACAGGAGGUAACUGUCCCACUCUGCCUAGCAGUGGUGUGGCCUUAGCUGGAGUCCUGUGUCCUGUUCUGGGCGCUGCACUUCAGGAAAGACGUGGAUACAUUGGCGAGAAUCCAGAAGACAGCAACACAAACGAUCAAAGGUUUAGAAAAGCUGACCUAUGAGUAAAGGUUAAAAAACCUGGGCAUGUUUAGUCUUGAGAAUAGAAGACUGAGGGGAGGGGAUCAGUCUUCAAAUAUGAUCCGAGUGAGGUAUGAUCAGAGUGGUCAAUUGAUCUCCAUGUCUGCUGAAGGUAGGACAAGAAGUAAUUAGGCUUAAUCUGCAGUAAAGGAGAUUUAAGUUAGCUAGUAGGAAAAAAGUCUCAGGUGUACUUCAUCCAUGAUCAUCUCGACUGGCUGUUUCAUAACCCCCACAGCUGUUAGAUUUAUACUACACUCCACGUGAAGACAGAGCCAGCUCUAAAUUUAGGACUCCUGAACGUCCUUUGUGCCGGGAGCUGUACAUACACGUGGCCAGAGACAAUCCCUGUCCCAUAGAGCUUUGGCCAGGUCUGUACGAGGGUAUAGCUAUGCCAGUACACUAUGCCGCCAAAGUGCUCCUAGUGUGGACGCAGCCUAUACUAGCAAACCCGCACAAUUAGCAAUGUCGCUUAUUCCACCCCACCGCUGAGCGAAACAAGCGAUCCCGCUAAAAGCAUGGUUUUGCCAGUGUAACUGGAUCGGCACUCGGGCUUUCUGCUGGCUCAGCCGUGUGGAUCAGAAAUCACUCCGGAUUGCCAUUGCUACGUCAGCAGAAGGCUGUAGUGUAGACAUGGCCUCAGUCUAAAUAGGCAAGAUAGACAAAAGUUGGGAGAAAGGGAUGGUUUAUCUCCGGUAUGCAGACGGGGAGCCGACACGCGUUUACACACCCUGCAGCAGCGACUCGGUCCACAAACUCGGGUUGACACUAGAGCGCUAGCCCCAGCCGGCUGACCCAGACAUACCCAGAGUGGCUGGGCUUGAUUCUCUGUUGCUCUGAUCCUCACAGGGUCCUUUUGCGCCCGGACAGAAUGGGUGUAAAAUGCUGUCCUGAUGUAGCAAUGGACACCCUCUGCUAGGCACCAGAAUUGAGCCUGCUUUCACUCAGGAAGCGGGGCAUUAGAGACUCCGGUCUGGGUCCUGAUCCAGCGCCUUAACUGCUAGGCUCUCCUAUUAGGAGGGUGGGGUGGGGAUUUACUCUCAGAAACUCUGCUGGUUCCAUAAGGCUGCAGCGUGGCAGGGCCUUCCCUUUGUGAUGCUGGGGCAGGGUAAAGAAGCCUUCAAGUGGCUGUAAACCAGUCACACUCACGUGGUUGUGAGGCUAAGUGCACUGAAGAUUGCAAGGUGCUUGGGUACUACGUUACUGGAAGGCAGAUCAAUACCAAAGACGCUUAAAGGGGCCUUAAUAUAAACGAGGAUUGUGCUAGAAGGGCUCCCGAACCUGGCCAAAUGCAAGUUCUACAGCGAAGCGUGUGCGCCGUCAGGAUUCUGCCUGCGUGGCCUAAACGGGAGCUGCUUGCCCAUCCAGCCUGGCGGCUGCUCUCCUGGCUAUUUAUAGUUAGAGCUGAUGCGGUUUGGAAUCCGUUUUAAAACGUAGCGUCAUUAGGGAUUGAGCUAAACCUGUCGCUGCUGCUUCCCAUGCAAUGAUACGUGUUGGAUUUAGCUUCCGACCAGCCCAACGGCCGGAAAAGGCCUAAAACAGCCAACGUUUCGGGGGCUCUUUCAGUUGGUUUUUAACCCAGACCAAAGGACAUGGCACGCUCUGUUUGUCUAGUGAUGUUGCAGUCAACCAAUUGCCAGCUGUUCUAUUAGGGCCCAAUCCUGUGAGGGUGCUGAGGGCACUGGCCCUGAUUCGGGAAAGCUCCUAAGCACGUGCUUACUUGCUAAGCAGGUGACUAAUCCCAUUGAAGCGAAUGGGGCUAUUUGCCAUGCUAAAUGGAGGCUAAAGUGCUCUGCACUUGUCCAGGAUCCAGCCCCCAAAUAGGCCUGAUCCUGCCAGCUUUGCAUGUGCUCCAUUCCCUUGAGACCAGACCCUGCUCCUCUUUGCAUUGGAGUAAACUGAGAAUAACUCUGCAGAAGUCAGCAGCAUUUCGCUGCUAAAGGGAAAAAAUGGUGAGCAGAACGGGGGUGGCAGACGUCAGUAGGGACAGAGAGUGCUGGGGGUCAUGCAGAACGGGGUCCUAAAGAGAGAUCCUGGUAGCAAUCAAGGACCUGACCCUCAUGUACACUCAAGCCCCCUUCGCACCGCUCUGGCAGUGUAAAGGGAACUUCAAAGGAGUCUAAAUUACAGUUGAGGCCUUAUAUUUUAACUGUAAUUUACACUGAAUCUAAGUCUCCAUUACCCGGCCAGCACAGCGCAAAGGGGCCCUGUGUGUGAAUGAGGAUCAGACCCUCACACCUAUAUAUUUUGCUCAUGUAACUCACCUUACGGUGUAGGCUUGCUGCUCUGGGUUAUUCUCUCACAGAGGGGUUAAGUGAGGAACUGUAAGUCUGUCCGUCUUGGAGCUCUGUUCUUGCUGUGUCCCUGGAAGGAAUUUCUGUCUGUUUCGUGUCUUUUUGUUUUUGUCAUUCACUUGCUGUACAGAGUGUGUUAAUCCUGCCUCUCCAGGCGUGUGCCCGCUGUAUUCAAAUCUCCAUUGCUUCUCUGUGCCCGCGCCUCACUCGGUUUAUUCUAAAUAAACGUCUCUAGGUGGACAAAACGGUAGUUACGUUGUCCUUGUUACAGAUCAACUCUGGAGCAGGAGGCAGGGGGGUGUAGGCAGGAGACCUGGAUUCUAUUUCUGCCACUGACCUAGUGGGUGACCCUGGGCAUGUCACUUCCCUGCUCUGUGCCUCCGUUCCUGCCUUAUAACCUAAAUAGAUAAGAUGGCCAAAGGGGAAACAAUCUAUAUCAAGA